CCAUGGGCUGCGUGGGCUCAAAGAGGGAGCAGGAGCCUCUCAGCAAAGGGACGGGUAACGACGACCUGCAGAACCGUGCACAGACAGCCCACUAUGUCAAAGAUCCCACCACAGGAAACUCAAACAGAGCUGGCAAAAUGCCAUCAAAUGCAAACGCUUCAGAGGGAGAAAGUAUUGCCAUGGCACUGUACGACUAUGAAGCCAUUCAUGAUGGAGACCUUGGCUUCAAGAAGGGAGAUAAGCUCAAAAUCUUAGAGGAAUCGGGAGAAUGGUGGAGAGCUAUGUUAAUCAGUACAGGUCAGGAAGGCUACAUCCCCAGUAAUUACGUAGCCAAAGAUACUCUGGAGGCAGAGGAGUGGUUCUUUAAGGGUGUGAGUAGGAAAGAUGCAGAGAGGCAGCUGCUGGCCCCUGGGAACAAAGUAGGAUCCUUCAUGAUCCGAGACAGUGAGACCACCAAGGGCAGUUACUCUCUUUCUGUCCGGGACAGCGAUGUCCAGGCUGGUGACACAGUGAAACAUUAUAAAAUCCGUACGCUGGACAAUGGAGGAUUCUACAUCUCUCCCCGCAUCACCUUCAGCACCCUGCAGGAGCUGGUCAGCCAUUACAAGAAGCAGGGAGAUGGCCUCUGUCAAACCCUGACCAACCCAUGCCUGAGCCCCAAACCUGAGAAGCCAUGGGAGAAAGAUGCCUGGGAAAUCCCAAGAUCAUCUCUUAAACUGGAAAAGAGGCUUGGUGCUGGCCAGUUUGGAGAAGUCUGGAUGGCUACGUACAAUAAGCAUACCAAAGUAGCAGUGAAAACCAUGAAGCCUGGCAGCAUGUCAGUUGAAGCCUUCAUGAUGGAGGCCAACCUGAUGAAGACGCUCCAGCACGACAAACUGGUCAGACUCCAUGCUGUGGUCACCAAGGAGGAACCUAUCUACAUCAUCACUGAGUUCAUGGAGAAGGGUAGUUUAUUAGACUUCUUGAAGAGUGAUGAGGGCAACCGUGUCCAGCUCCCCAAGCUCAUUGACUUCUCUGCCCAGACUGCAGAGGGCAUGGCCUACAUUGAGCAGAGGAACUACAUCCACAGAGACCUGAGAGCUGCCAACAUCCUGGUCAAUAAGGCUUUAGUGUGUAAAAUUGCUGACUUUGGCCUCGCUCGUAUCAUUGAAGACAACGAGUACACGGCCAGGGAAGGAGCCAAAUUCCCCAUCAAAUGGACAGCCCCAGAGGCCAUCAACUAUGGCUCUUUCACCAUCAAAUCUGACGUUUGGUCCUUUGGCAUCUUGCUUACUGAGAUUAUCAGCUAUGGACGCACACCAUAUCCAGGGAUGACCAACCCAGAAGUGAUCCGUUCCCUGGAGAAGGGCUACCGAAUGCAGCGCUUGGACAGCUGUCCCACCGAACUCUAUGAAAUCAUGCUGGAGUGUUGGAAGAACAAGCCUGAGGACCGUCCCACCUUUGAUUACUUGCAGAGUGUCCUGGAGGAUUUCUACACAGCCACAGAGAGCCAGUACCAGCAACAGCCAUGAGACUAAGCAUCCACAGACAUAUUUUCUGUUACAAUAUUGUUCCAUUCAUACUUAACAGCGGGGCCAAUUUUUACAUGCAGCAGUGCAAUUCACAGCAUGCUCUGAACUGCACUGCUGCAGUCUCUCUUUCUCAUUCAUACAUGCAUAAUGUAUAGUAACAAGGGACUGUACAAAAAUUAUUGGCGAUGAAUUACAGUAAAUAUUAUUAUUUCUAUUACUAAUAUUAUGACAACAUAAUCCUACCUCAUACUUAGGUCAGGGGCACAGUACAUACUGCAAGAUGGUGUUCUGAAGGUUUGGUCAUAGGCUAAUAUGGCCACAGCUGCAUCAGUUUUACUUGAUGUUCAUCUUCACAAAACUGACCAUUAAUCAUUUGGCAGAUCAGUAGUUAUUAGUGCAUUUUAUGUAUACAGACAGAUAUCUGUUUGUUACAUCUGCAGUCUCUAAUAUAAAAAGUGAUCCAGAAUGCUUCACUUAAUUUAUUUUUGCUUUUAUUGUACUUGUUUUGUUUUACUACAGAUUGCACAGCUAAUGUGGAUCACUGUACUACAAGAUAAAACUGCACAUCAUCAUGCACGGAAAACAUAUGACCUGACAUUUAGUGCACAUCUCUGUCCAGAGAUAAGUGGUUGGUUGCAUUAUUGAGCUUUGCCGGGGAGAGUUGGGUCACAACACUAGACCCAUGCAGGAUUCUUCCCUACAUGUAUGAGUGAAAAUAACAACUGUGCUGAGAUAAGCCCUGCCAGUGAACAGACAAGGACAUCAAGGCUGGGAUACUGGGAUAAAAUUCGGACUACUUUUUCCUUAAGAAAAAAAAUUCUAAACAGCCCCUCCUACAUUUCUGCCUUCACCGCCUUAUAAUUUUUGUACAGUCCCUAACAUCCCAACACGUUUGAAUAUAAUUCUGUGUAACAAUAUGUAGAAGGCCACACUCUCAAGUACAUGAUGUUGUAAAAGCAUGACUAUCUCGCACAAAACAUUAUUUUACACAGUAAAAAGAUACAUGGUCAUAUUAACAAACAAACAACUGCAGGCAACCUGAAAGCAGUGGCAGUGAAAAGAUUGGAUUAAGUUGUUAUGCUCCAGCACACAUUGUGCAUGCAUCAAAGGAAGGUAUAACCACAACACAGAUGUUCACAGUGAAAUAUAUACAGUGUUUUAUAUUGUGAAGGGAAAGUGAGUGCUGUGGACAAAGUGUAAGACAAAUGGCUGAUUAUGCUUAAACCUUAUAUUUAUAUUGCAUAGUUAUUUUUCCAUUAUGCUGUGGCAUGUUUCAGCAUUACACCUUUAUGGUGCCUUUUGCAGUGGUUGACUAAACAUUUCCAAUAUAUUCCUGUAUAUACACUGAUAUACAUAAAGAGAUACAAUAAAGUCUGUCUAAGUAUUUAGGAAUAAGGUCUUUAAUGUGAAGCCAUAUUAACUAUAAUAAUGUGUGACGGUUCCUUUCACCAAUUAAAAGUCAUGUUAAUGACUAAAGUCAUAUUUAGUAAUGUUUAUAUUAUCCUUACAUACAUUUCAUAUCUUUUGGCCUUCUUUUCUCCGUUUUGAGAUAUAAUUUAUCUGUGCAGAUAGUACUGGUAUAUUGAAUGUCACGAGCUUUCCAAAAGUAAAUGAUUUUUCUAUCCUUUUUUUUUUUUUUUUUUUUUUUUUUUGUUUUGUUUUUUUUAGAGAAAGACUCAUGACUUUGCUAUUGUUUUUUCUACACUGGUUGAAUAAUGUGUUUCUCAUAUUGUUUAAAGUAGUGUAACAGUUGCUGCACAAUCACUCAAUGCUGAAAGGAUAAUGUGUGGGUGAUAUGGAGAAAAUUACAUUAAAUAUUGAUCAUACGAUAAAAACAAAUGUAUGCUUACUAAUGACUCAAAUGACUAUGUGUUUUGUAGACCAAAAUUUUAAAUGGUAAGUUGAACAAGUAUUUAAAAUGAUGACUUCAUGCUUUGACAGAUAUGGUAUCAUCUACUUAGAGAGAGCUGAGAGCAACAGCAUGGGAGAGAAUUUUGCUUUGAUACAUUUAUCAGCACUGUACAUAAAUUAAUAAGAUGAUAAAUAUGUUUUGUGUUUUUCUUUAUCUAUAUAAUACCCUCUGCAUAUUUUGUUAGAUGCUUGGUUAAUGCGACUAUGAUGACAAAUUUCAAAUAAAUUGUUGUGGAAGCAA